ACCAUACAAUUAUCGGCAAUUUAAUUUUUUUAAAUACUUGCAAGAAUUAUUGGCUUAUUUUUUUUUCAAUCCCUCUCUUAUUUCCUUUGUGACAUUUCAUUGGCUUGUCCCCGGGCCAGUUUUUUCAGGAUGGUGUUUUUUCAGGAGCAUCAGGCGGUGAUGGCUGGCAGUUUACCUCUUUGAGUGGGUAAAUAUUUCACGGACACCGGCGAAGGGAAGAGACAGAAGGAGAGAGAGAGAAAGCUCCCGGGCACCAGCGACAGAAGGGUGGAGGAGAGAACCAGUGGCAGGAGAAAAUGGCUGCCAUGACAACGGUGCCCAGCUACAGUCCCUCGCUGUGGGUGCGGGUGUGUCACGCCCUCCCCCGGCUGGACCUCAGCAUGCAGAUGAGGGACAACUUCUUCAUCCCCGACAGCUGGGAGUACCAGCAGACUCUGCUGGUUUUGUCCAGUUUAUCGGCCAUCGCUCUUGUCGUCUCCCUCUUGGUGGUCCUCUCCUUCCUCAUACACUACUGCUGCUGCCACCGCGGCGACCGGGGCGAGGGUUCAGAGGAGGAGGAGGAGGAUGAAGAUGGCAGCACGGGUCACGGUUACAGCGGGAAGAAGGGGAGGGGCAUCUGCUGCGUCACGUGGGUGGCCGUGGCAUCUGUCACGCUGUGCUGUGUUGCCAUAGGCAUCGGUUUCUAUGGCAACAGCGAGGCUAAUGAUGGGAUGUAUCAGUUGACCUCGUCUCUUCUCACAGCCAAUUAUACGCUAGCUUCCAUCGAUCUGCUGGUGGCUGUCAUACGUGUUGCUGCUGCUGCUUGACCUCAUAGUGUGUCUGUUCAUCCUGCUGGGACUGGCCAAGCAAGCCCGCUGGCUGCUCAUCCUGAUGACCGUGCUGGCAUGGCUGGCUCUGUUCCUAAGCUGGGGCUCCCUGGGCCUGGAGACGGCCACUGUAGUGGCUCUCAGUGACUUCUGCACGGACCCAAAUACAUUUGUCCUCAACUCCACCAACUUCAACACUGGGACCAGCUCAGAUGUGUUGGAUUAUUACCUGACCUGCGGCAGGCGCAUGAACAGUCCAUUCCAGCAGGUGCUGACCCAGUCUCAGAGGGCGCUGUCAAACAUCCACACACACCUCUCCAAUCUGGACAGAAACUCUCUCACACAGUUCCCCAAAGCUGAGAAAUCCCUGAGGGAGGUUCAACAGAUACUCAACUCCACAGAGGGCAACUUCCAUCAGCUGGUGGCUCUGCUGAACUGCAGGGGUCUGAAUAAGGACUACAUCGAUUCACUGAAAGGCCUGUGCUAUGAUGGCAUGGAGGGAUUGCUCUACCUCUCCCUGUACUCCUUCCUCUCUGCUCUGGCCUUCACUGCCAUCCUCUGCUCUCUGCCCGGUGCCUGGAGGAGCUUCCCCAGUGAAUCAGAGGAGUACGAAGACUCGGACAGCGAGAGUGAGGACCCCUUCACCUCCCAUCAGGCACGUAGACAGACGGCCUCGGGGUCUCAGCGAGGGGCCAUGGCCCCCUUCUAUAAUUACCCGGGGGCCGGGUGGACACCCCCGUUUUCUAGUGCGCCGCCCCUCCCGACUCCAAACGUUUCCUCCAAUGGCAACCCUGGCUAUGAGAGCCUACCCUUGACUGAAAGGCAGUCCCCACCCCCCUCUUACUCUCCCAGCAUGCUGACUGGUUACGGGGGAGGUCAAUCACACCCCAACCCCGCCCAUUCGAGGAACCUGUAUUCACGUUGAUUAUUAUUAUUACUAUUAUUUUUGUUAGGAAAUGUAUAGAAAAAAAUAUGUUUAGUUUUCAUAUGAAUGGACACUUUACUGAAAUGAAAAAGAAACUAAUCUAAAUAAAAUGAAUGCUAGGUGUGAAUUCAAAGUGCGUAAUGUCAGUACCACUGAAUAUUAUUAUUAUUAUUAUUAUUAUCAUUGUUGAAAGCACUUAAAAUAAACGGGUCUAACGGGACGGUUGAUUGCACCGACAGUGGUGAUGCUGGUUUAGGGAUGGCUGUGCAAAGAACCAAGUGGUCUUGGUCUAAAUUCUUUCCCCUUGUCUGGUCGAACUCUGUGUAAACUGUGAACAGUGGUGAGGCAAGUCAGAAAGGUAAUGACGUUACUACGUUGUAGUUUUAUAUUCUUAAAUGUAUCAGUACCACCGCUUUUAUUUUCAAGUUUUUAUAUAAAUAUUGUUGUAGAAAAAAAAAGUACUGGCACGUAGCAACAUGACACAUUUUUUUCUGUGAAUGGUUAUGCAGUUCCCUCACUUGGUUCUAAUAUUUUUUUUAUUACUUUUUAUAGGUGGCAAUUCUGUAUUUUCCUUGUAUUACCUUAUGGUAUUCUGUAUAUCUCACUGUCUAUAAUAUCUGAAAAAUCAAGAACCUUUGCUCUUAAAAAAAAUACUUGAGGGCUAUCAAGACCCCGUUUUAACGAUUGAAUGGAGAACUGCCACUCAAGUCCACAGAGUGGAGAACUACAAAUCCCAUGCAAUGACACAAGGUACAUAGCAAUAUGAUUCUUGCUACUGGUGCUGCAGUAGCCCUACCGUAACUAGCAAUAAUAACUAUGUAUAGCAUUGGGCUUCUGAGAUCUCUCCAAGAUGUUUUAUGUAUAUAUGGUAUGGUACGUUGGAGAUUUCAUUGAAUCUCCCUUCUUCGCCAACUGCCCUUGUUAACCCCUUGAAUUGAGUUUGUAUGGUUAUCAAUGCUCCUUUUGAAUGGCAUCCUUUUACACUCAAGAGUCUAAUAUAAAUAAAAAUAACUUCAA